UCAUUCCAAAUAUGCUGUUAUAAGUAUCGAGUUAACCAGAUUGAUGAUUAUUUUUUUCCCAAGUUAAGACGUAACAAAAUAUUCAAAUUAGAUUAAUAGUAAUUUCGAAAAAUGUUCCAUCCGCAUGUUAUAUAGAAUUGAAGAUACGAAUCUGAACGGAUGAUUGUUUUGUGAGUCAUUGACUGAAAUUUCUUCAUCCGCCUUAAUCGCGAAUCACGACAAGGAAUAAUAUCCUAUUGUUAAGACGAUAUUGCACGAUAAGUACGAAAAGAGAAGGAAAAAGAAGGGGGGGAGAAGAGAAAAAAGGAAAGCGACAUUCACGAGCGUAAAAUUCGUCGAUUUCCUUUCUUAAAAUUAUCAUAUCUUCAAAUUUAUGAAUCGUCCGGAAGUUGCGAGAAGCUCAUAGCUUGCUUAUAAAAUUAUAAAGACGGUAAAUUUUAGGCGUUGCAAAAUGGAGUUAUCGAGCCACCUGUUUCCAGAUCCAAUCUUCCAGUCUUUUAUUUGCAUAACUCUACGCCCCUCUUUCGCCAUCCGCCCGCGUAACCUUUCAAUUACCUCUUAAUUAGGUGUGAACUGUGCGUAACCGUUUUGAAAUUUUUUUUUCGAAAGAUGGUGCAGAAAUAUCGAAACUUCUCGCUUCAAAAAUUCCAAAAAAAGGAUGAUUCUUCCUUAAUUCUUGAUUCUCCAACGAGUGUUGAAAAGAAAAAAAGAGAGAGAGAGAAAAGGCAGCUUCCUCCUAAGUUACGACACGGUUAUUCAACCGAACAAGUUUCACUCUCGUUCGCCCCGGAACACGCGGCAUGAAAUCGAAACGUGGCCGUGUUAACCAUUCCAAUGUUCCGUUCCAUCGUUCUACUGUUCCAGAAUGACAAAACGCAUCCGAUGCUCGUCGAACAAACUUCUCUUUCCUCCUCUUUAUCGUUUAUCACCGUAUUUCGCAAAAUGAAGAUCGUAUUUGAAUGGAUAUUUAAAUAUCUUUUUAUCUUGUGCAAGCUUCUUCUUCGAUUUCACUUUUAUCAUUUAAUAUCUUAUUCUUCUUCCAAAAUAUGUUUAACGGAUUUCCAAUUUAUUUAUUGAACGCAUCUGUGGUGCAGUUGGAGCAGAAUUGUUUUCCAUGAUGAAAAAUCAAACUAUCAAGGUGUAAUAAAUUUAAGAAACGAAUCUUUCAUCCGUAUGAUCUAUACUUGAUUUUCAAAAUAUAAGCAUAAUUUUAUGAGUUUUGAUCGAAUUUCAUCUUAAUCGAUCGAUUUAUCUGAAUUUUUUUAAUUCGAAAAAUGAACGAAAGAUGGAAGGAGUUUGUGACAGCGAUUCAAUUUCAUUGCGGGUUUCGAUAAGUAGCAAGGCUUAGCUUCUGGUAAAUGGAUGAAUCGGGGUGUGCCAAGGAUACUCCAAGACAUUUUCUUCCCAACGAUUCGUUCUCACACGAUUGUAUUGAAAUGCCGUUCGUAAACAAUGAGUUGCGUAAUCGCGGCUGUAUCCAAUUGACGGAACAGCGACAGGAGGAGAGCAAAGAAGAGGAAGCAAUGAAGGAGAACCUUUGGCUCGCAAAGACAAAUAUGCGAUCCAUAAUAGAUAAGAUAAAGUAUUAAUAUACGAUGACUACUCCUCUUUAUCUUAAUUAUUCGUUGCAACGAAAAUUUUCAUCGUUAAGAAUUGAGAAAAACGAGAAUUUUCUUUUAAUUGGUAAUAAAUUUUUUUGUGAAAAGUGAUACUCGUGCAAUGAAGUUUAAAAGAUUAUACAUAUUUGUAUAAUUAAGUAUUUAGAAAUAGUACUUAUUUUAACGAUUCGACAGAAAAUGUUGAGACUCGAAACGCUUUCCUUUUCUUUUUUUUCGAUGUAUAAUAUUCUGAAAGAAGAAGAGAUAUUUGAUAAAAUAGUUAACAUUUAUUGAGAUUAUUUGCAUAUCCAAUGCUUUGCUAUUUAUUUAUAAAAAAAACAAAACCCUCAAUGACCGAUAAUACGUUAUCAGAAGGUAAGAAAUGAUAAGAGUCAAGUCUCACCUAUCAGUGAAUAUCAGAAAGAAAAAAGAAACAGGAAGAAAAGUUUUUUAUAGGAAGCGUGGAUAUCGUCCCAGAAAUCGUUGCAAAGCCGGAAAUUGGCCGCGAAAAGCGGUUACGAUCGAGUCGUGGGAGCGCACGAUCUUUUUCCUGCCAUACGUUUCGAAUUCGCCCGCCAUACAUUAAAUACGUUGUUGUUUAAAUUAAACAGCGUGGCGGGGCAUUAGCUGCCGCAUCGGAAUUACGGUCACGAGCCAACCUUUCACGGUUUCACGGCUGUUAGAAUCGUAACAGACAUGGCGGGACGGGUUCUGGGCCUCUUCCAGCUUCGAGACGGGACGAUCGAGAGACUCCCCUUUUGAAUCGGAAGAAAGGAAACACAUGUAACAUGCUUUCACUUCUCUUCGACUGCUGCACGUUGCGUGACAAAUAAUAGAACAACUUUUGCUUUGACGAUAUUGAACGGGGAAUUUUAAUGCCAUUCGUGAUGAAUAUCUUCCCUCGGAUCGAUACGUUUUAGAUUUGAAUUUGAAUUUACCGCGCUUACCGUGGAAAUCUAACCUCAUAUUCGAUAGAUUAUUUAUUCGAAGAAGAUAAUGUAAAAUUUAAUCGCAAGUUGAUUCUUUUAUUAAAAAAAUUGUUGAAAUCGAUCCUGUGAAUAAUUAUGAAAUUUCAUCUUUUAAUUGAGAUUAUACGAACGUGUCUUUCCACUCAGACGGAUUUAAUUGAAUACUGGACGGUUUGUCUUCUAGAAUACAAUUAACACAAUAACGUAAUAUAUUCGAAAUGUAAAAUUGAAAGUUUAGUGAAUAAAAAAAAAGGAAAGGAACAACUUGAAUUUAUUCAACCCAAAAGAAGAAGAAAAAAUUUGAACGAUCCGACUAUUUUAUUUUAAUUGCGUUUUAAUUACUUUUUUUUUAAAUGCCAAAAAUUAUUAUACGACACCUCCUGUUUAUUUAAUUAUUUAAUUAUCGAAUAAUGGAUUUUCGAAAGUUUGGAUCCCAUUUUUAAAACAAAGAUUAGAGAAUCGUGCGUUGAAUGGACAUCCUUCCAAGAGUGAAGAAACGCGUGUUUGUCGCGGAGUUUAUGAUUACAAAAGGCGUUAAAAGAAUACCUUUUCGGAUUCAUCGUUCAUAGAAUGGCACUCAGUAACACGUACUCCACUUUAAUGACCCUUUCACGCGGCCCGACCAUGGACAUUAUCUACUUUAACUGGCUCUGUAUAACGUUCUUCCCAUUCCAUUUUAGCGAAGAAAAAAGAAAGAGAAAUCGAAUCUUUGAAGAAUUAUGAAUCUAAUGGAUCUCGAACGUUUGGCAACCGAGAUUCUGUUAUCUAAUAAAUAAAAAUGUGAGCGUAUUUUCAUCGAAUCCGUUGACUCUAUAUAUAUAUUUUUUUCCUUUUCUCUUCUUUUCAAAUAUACAGUUGUGAAAAAACUAGAACUUUAUGUAAGCGUGGUUUGUUUAGAAAUUCGAAUAAAUUGUGUAAGAAACAUAUCCACUUAUUUUUUAUUAUUAUUAUUGUUCCUUUUUUUGGAGGUGGAAUAUCGUUCUUUUGUCAGGAGAGAGUAUAAUUUAAAAUGUGAUUCAGAGAGUUACAGAAUUUCGAAAUCAAUUUCGAAGCUUGAAAAUGCAAAGUUUAAAAGAUUUGAGAUUCUAACGUAAUUAAAAUUCGACACUUUCGUUCAUUUUAAAUUGUGAAAGUACAAAAGUAAAAAAUUUAAAAUCACGUUUGAAAAUAUUCCGCUCAAGAAUUUAAAUUAAAAAUUGAAAUUCCGGAUUUAAUGAUUAAAAAGAAAAAAAAUUAAAAUUCCAAAUUUUUCUACGGAAAUUUACAUUCGUUAAAAUUGUUUCAUAAUUCGGUCAGAGGUCUCCAGUCAUCAUAUCCUCUCAUUGUCGUAGGCUCCUUCUUUUUUCUUUCUUUCUUUCUUUUUUCGAAUUAUCCAUGAUUCAUCCCAAUCAUUUGAACGCGAGGGUGGAAUCUUUACGCCAAUUUCACGAGAAGGAUGCAAAGAACCUUGAUCAAUUUUAUCAAAUAUUUUUAAUAUAAUAUAUAUCCACAAUACAAAGUUAAUUUAAUUUCUCAUAUCUACUUUUUUAUAUAGAUAAUUUAUACUUCUCUUUCUUUUUUUAAUCCCAAGCAUGAAGUACUAAAAAAAAUUAUAGUAAUAUCAUCUCUAACAGACGUUUAAAAAUUUGAUGAAUCUUUCUUUUACGGAAAAUUGAUAACGAAAUCGGGUUACUCUUCGAGCAACGUUACGAAAAAUCGCGUUUGGAUGCCAUUAUUCGACGAAUAUAUUACAGAAAAACUUUUCUUUAACUUUUCUUCAUAUAUUCAUCGAACGAGAAUACUGUGCUCGUAAAAAAAAAAGGACAGGAAGAAAUUUCUCUUUUUUCUCGAUAGCUGGAAACGUGGAUGCUUUUCCCCGCAUCCUUCGCUCUUGACCGACAUUUUCGAUGGCAAUAAACGAGCGAAAUCGUCGCUUUGCAUAACGUCCACGCACGAUUUCCGCGAUUACGGAGCCGUGCCGCUUAAUGGGCACGGAGGGAACAGUGCUAUUCGUUCGUGUAGACAAACGAGCUCUGUCUCUGGACACGCGUCUGUGUUGCAUCACUUGCGACCUAGCCAAGGACCGCUCCUUCCCCGCCAAGAAUACAAUAUUCGUUUAGAUCGUACACGAUCGCGUCCAAGAGAAUUUUUAAAAUUCUUGAUCCCUCUAUUGGCGAAAGAUCCUCCAUGAUUUCCACGAGAUUUCCAUUUCGUCGAGCUGAGCAAAUCGAAGAAGAAAAGAAAAGAUUUGCAAUUGCAUGAGUAAAGACACGGUAUAAAGGGUGAUUAGCGAACGGUGAAUUAUUUAGAAUGUUUUGCGAUCCCAUGGCACAAUAUACCCACUUAUUCCCCAUUAUCUGGGAGCUACACCAGCGAGCUUUGUUCCGCUUAAAUAUAUUACGACACUUUCUAACGCAACGUAGUUGAAGGGACGCCACGCCUCGCUCUUUCAACGCGCUCGUUUCCUUGCCAAAUUAAUCUCUUCUUCCUUCACCAUUUAAAAAUAGAAUCCAUACCCUCGAAUAAUCCUCAACCCGCUCAGAAAUUUAUUUAUUCAAACGAUAUCCUUAAUCCUUUCAGAAAUCGUCUCUUUUCGAGAAAAUCCAAGAAAAACCUGGUUAAACAGCGACGAGAGAUGUAUCACGUACGAGGCACGCAGUCAAAAAAUCCACCGAGUUGGAUAUCCCCCCAUUCGCGAGGUCCUCGCGGCCGACCGGAAGCGAGAGAGAGAGAGACGAACAGAGCUCUCCUCGUCCUUUCGCCGGCACGCGUUCCUCUCUUCACCUUCGAUGGGGAGGACGAGCGUUUUCCGUGCAGGUGGGGGCGGCGUGUGGGGAGGGAGUAGGGGGAGGACGAGGGCUUUUGCCCGGAACGACGACUCGAUGAGACGGGUGGGAGAUAGAUAUAAGGGCAUCGUCUUGGAAUAACGGAUAUCAGUGAGUAUCGCGCUGAGUUUUCGCAUACGACACACACGGGAGAAUACGUAGACCGACUUGCAACAUGUCGAAGUUUCAGAGCCUGUUAUGCCACUUGUGCGCGACGAUUGCAGUGAGCCACGCGGUGGUGUUAAGCGGGUAUAACGGGGGGCACGGGAUCUCUUACACGGAUUACGAGGGCCUCGAAGGAUACCCAUCCCAAUACGAGGGACACGCCGUGUUACCCACAGUGGCAGUUCCGGUACACGCGGUUUCCGCUUCGCCUGUUCACGUUACAGCCACUCUCGAUCAUGGAUCUCACGGAUACGAUCAUCACGCGGAUCAUCACGGUCACGAUUACUACGCCCAUCCCAAGUACAUGUUCAACUAUGGCGUCCACGAUCCUCACACAGGGGACGUGAAGACCCAGCACGAGGUCCGCGACGGGGACGUGGUUCACGGUUCGUACAGCGUCAACGAGCCCGACGGAAGCGUGAGAAUCGUCGAGUACACGGCCGAUGACCACAACGGUUUCAACGCGGUGGUUAAAAAAGUCGGCCCGGCCAUUCACCCACCGAAACCCAUCCCCGUGGCCAAGUACAUAUCCCCGGCGUAUUACAAUAGUUACGAGGAGUACGAGAAGCAUCACUUCUAACGCUUCUUCUUGUGAAUCGCGUAUAAAAUGGGGGGGAGAAAACAGGUGGAAACAGGGUCGGGAGGGGAAAAUAUUUUAUUUGGACGGAGAUGAACCCUUUUUUUCCUUUCGUCGCACGAUAUUUAUAAUCGAGCUUAGGAUUAAAUCGAAUCAAACUUAUUCAAUCGUGGAAUUUUUAAACAAUUUCGAAGGGUAGCGUGGAGGAACUUAAGUUUUGAGCUUCGUUUUGAAAUUUGUAAAAUAGGAAGAGGAAUAUACGAGGGGUUAAUACAUCGAUUCCAAGAGUCAUCCACGUGUGAAAUGUGUUAAUUUUGAACUCGCGCAAGAUCAAUUUGUACGAGUAUUUAUACAUAUUGAUGGAAUUUUUUAUAAUUUUUUGUAAACAUAUAUUCGCGAUACGUUUUAUUUAAUUAAAGAGGUGCUUCGAAAUAGAAUGGUGUGCCAAGAAAGAAAAAGAAAUGGAGGAAUUGUCGAGAUAUGUGGACGAGUGUUCGUUGAAAUAUUCAAAAUAUUGUUAAAAAAAUUAAAAAAAAGAAAAAUUGAAAUUGUCAGAAAUGUCAGAGAGAAAAUUAAACACGACCGUUCGACGAAUCGAUUGAAGACUUUAUAGUUAGAAGAAUUGUACUUAAUUACACUUGGUUUAAUGAUUAUUAGAUGUUAGAAGAGUUUGAAACAUCGAAAUUUGUAAUUUUCACAAUUUUGUAAUUAUAGAUUUAGAAGAAAGAAGAAAAUAAAAAAAUAAAUAAAAAUCGUUUAUAAUCUCUCCAAUAAUAUUGUAAUUAUCAACAAAUAUUUAAGUUUCAUAAAACUGUGCCACAUCUAUCGUAGGGAUUGGAGUAUAUAUCGUGUCUCGAUAUAUAAUAUUAAUAAUGGUGAAAAUUUUUCUAAUUUUUGUUAAACGCGUUCGAAAUUACGUAUAUCUUUGAAUUAUUAUUUAUGAACAAAUACGAACAAUCGAGGUUUUGAAUUUUUAAAUCGAAGACGUUAAGAUUAAAAAUCGUAAAAGCUUUCAAAAUUAAGAAAUUUUUUUUACCUUUUAAUCAAAAUUUCCAAUCCAAUGGUUAAUUAAGGAAUAAUUUCAUACCAAAUAAUAACCUCGUUUUCACUUUUGUUCGUGAAAUAGACCUAAUAUGACCAAUCACUACACACAUGUAAAUAAGGAAUCAAAAAAUUUAUGUACUCAAUAAAAUCGUACCAAUAUUA